GGCAGACAAUAGCUGGGGGUGGAGAUGGCCCUGAAUUUAUGUCCUGCAAGGUGGACCUUUGCUGAGCCAGACCUCAAAGCACAUAGGGGUGGGCCUCACCAAGGCUUGUGCAGCCAGUUGCUGCCCAGCUGUCUUGGCCUCCUCCUGGGCUCCCUGCAGCUGCCAGCCCAGGGCUGCCCUGCAGACAUGGGUACGAGGCUUAGCCGGGCCCAGGGCAGGUGACUCCUUCUGCCCCUUAAGAACAGCUCCUUUGCUCACUGUGCCCUGCUGGGCCCUCCUGUCCCAGGUGAGGCAGUCACUCACACACGUGUCUCCAGUGCCUGCUGCCGAGCCCUGUGCUGCUCUGGCGCCCGAUUUACUUCUCCCUGCGGCUGUGGGGUACACAAGGGCUGGCUAGGUGAGAGCCCAAGCUCUGGGCCCCCUGCACUGCCCCACCUCCACCCUGGGCUGGGAGAAACUUCAACAGAUUCCCGGGCUAGGUGGCUGCACACUCACACCAUCCCCCAGCUUCUGCUGCUUGUUCUCAGGGGUCAGGAAGUCCUUGGGCUGUGCCUGCACAGAAGAGCCGGUCUCAGCCUCACUGUUCCCCUGCUGGACCCCUGUUUAGCUUCCACCCAUGCGCUCAUGGUGACCUGGAGUCUGUGGUGGUCGGAGUGUCCCUGCCCCCAGGCCUUGUGCCCAAGCUCCUGUGCCAGUGCCUGGUGGUGCCCCGGAUCAGCUUCUGCUGGGGCUGCCUGCUCUCCGUGCAGCUCUAGCUCCAGCACCCGGCUCUCCAGCCACAGGACCUGCGGGGUGACCAGGUCAUCAUCCAUCUGGGCAUCCACAGGGACACAGCACACACAGGACAGGCUGGCACACGUAGGCACACAUCAGUGCCCACCUCACUCUUCAGCUCGAAGAUUUCAGCCUCGUGUUGCUCCUUCAGGCGAUGGGUUUUGAUCUGCAGGUCCACCAGCUCCUUGCAGACCUGUGGAUGGCCAGGAUGAGAGGUGGGGGCCUGUGGGGCCCUGGGGAUGCCCUCCCUCCUGCCAGUGCCCGAGGGCCCCCACACCCACCUGCAGCUGCUGCUCCUCACUCAGCUCUAGAUCUGAGUGAACCUCUGUCUCAAGAUCGGCACCCCAGCAUUUAUCAGGGACGCGGAUGGAACCACGAGUUCAUAGAAGGGCUCAGCCUGGGGACGUGUGGGACAGCGCGCAUGGUAUGGAGAUGCCGCUGCUGUUACUGUUGUCCUCACACAGUGCGCUUUGCUCUACCAUGUGGGUUCGCACACUCAUUAGGCCCCUACGCUGAGCGCUGGACGGGCAGGCAAACAAACUGGACAGAUCCCUGCACCCCUCAGCCUAACGGAAGCGGGCUCAGACGUCCCAAUCCGGGUCCGGGGUACUCAGGAGGACUGUCUCAGCCCGGUGCCAGGAGGGCUUCGCGGAGGAGGCGCCGCAGCGCCGGGCGCGACUGGCCAGACGUGCGCACAGCCCCGUUCGGGCACGCACGCGCUCCCUCCUGCGCACGCACGCGCUCCCUCCCGCGCACGCGCGUGCUCCGUGCACCGUGCUCAGGUCUCCGCGCGCGCAGGUUCCAGGCCGGCCCGGCUGGCGGGCGCCUCAGCGGCGCGGGCCGUUAGCGGCGGCCCGAGUGAGCGGCGCGCUCCGUCCAGGCCCCGUGACAGGCGCCCGAGGCCCGCCUUUGUCCGGCUGUCCUUCAGGCAGUCCUUGCGACUAGCUGGCGCAGCACGCGGGGCCCUGCCUAGGGUCUGGAGAGGGUAGUCCCACCCUGAGGAAGGGGCUCAGGAGGCGCGGGGUGGCUGAGCUCUGCGACCAUGAAGGUCAAAGUCAUCCCUGUGCUUGAGGACAACUACAUGUACCUGGUCAUCGAGGAGCACACGCGAGAGGCUGUGGCCGUGGACGUGGCCGUGCCCAAAAGGGUGAGGGCAGCUUUUGGGCGGCGCGAGCACAGCUGUGGGCCCAGGCAUCGUAGGCCGCGACCAUCAGUCCGCACUCCGAGAGGCUCUCCAGACUACGCUGCCGAGGCCCAUCCCCUGCCUGGGGCACUGUGCACCCGGGCCUGGCGCCCCAACACAGGCAGCCACCUGGACCAUCUGCAUCUCCCUAACUCCCAUCCCUUUCAGCUGCUGGAGAUCGUGGGCCGGGAGGGGGUAUCACUGACCACUGUGCUGACCACCCAUCACCACUGGGACCACGCCCAGGGCAACACGGAGCUGGUGAGGCUGCUGCCUGGCCUGGUGGUGCUGGGCGCAGAUGAGCGCAUCUGUGCACUGACCCGCAGGCUGGCACAUGGCGAGGAGCUGCGGUUUGGGGCCAUCCACGUGCGCUGCCUCCUGACGCCCGGCCACACCUCGGGCCACAUGAGCUACUUCCUGUGGGAAGAUGAGUGUCUGGACCCGCCCGCCGUGUUCUCGGGGGACGCAUUGUCUGUGGCCGGCUGUGGCUCACGCCUGGAGACCACAGCUCAGCAGAUGUACCACAGCUUGGUGGAGACCCUGGGCACCCUGCCUCCUGAGACAGUGAGCAGCCUGCCCCUUACCCUCUCAUGGGGCCCAGCCUCCUACAUAACCGGUGUGCUCUGCACCUGCCUUAUGCCAGGGUUCAGGAUGACUGCUUGUCAGCCGUGGGGACAGGUGGACCAGGUGAGGGGGGAGGGGCCGCGCCACUGGGGUGAGUGUCUCUGCCCAUCUCUGCCUAUGGUGGUGCUGUGCACCCCAAGUGCCUUCUUUCUCCAGAAGGUGUUCUGUGGUCACGAGCACACACUGGGCAACCUCGAGUUUGCACAAAAAGUGGAGCCUUGCAACAACCACGUGAAGGCCAAGCUAUCGUGGGCCAAGAAGAGGGAUGAGGAUGAUGUGCCCACUGUGCCCUCAACCCUGGGCGAGGAGCUCCUUUACAACCCCUUCCUGAGGGUGGCAGAGGAGCCUGUGUGCAAGUUCACAGGGAAGGUCGCCCCAGCUGAAGUCCUGGAAGUGCUCUGCAGGGAGCGAGCGAGCUUUGAGCAGGCAGCUGAGCCGCUACAGCCACAGGCCCGGGCACUCCUUGCGCUGCAGUGGGGGCUCCUGAGCAUGCCCCGGCCGAAGUGAGCCCUACGUGGGCUGGGCCACACGCCCCUCCUCCCUUGGCCCACAGGAGGAUCGAGCCUUCCUCAGCCCUGCCCAGCCUUAGAGGGUGGGCGCCCUGGCCUUUCCUGGUGUUGGACACCCGGGGCCCCUCUCUGGGCCACAGUGAGCCCUGAGACCUGGGUGUUUGCGAACUAGCCUAGUGGGGUGCACAGGGCUCCUGAACUUUGAAUAAAGCUUUGAAAGGCCUCUUUUUUGAUGCUGGUAAAUAAACACUCUUGAAGAGAAA